AUGGAUUUACUGCUUGAAGUGUCAAAGAUAAAAGGCUGUGAACAUCUGCUCUUCUUUCUAUUGAAACAUACAUGCAACAUGGAAGCAAGAACUACUCUGAUCUUCAUUUUGACCAUGUGGACAACUCUUCUUGAAGGCUGGGGGUUGCCUCUAGUGCCCCAGACUGACCCGAGUGACCCGUCUGCAACCCAUAGGGUCAGGAGCAAACGCUGCUCCUGCAACAACCAGCUGGAUUCGGAAUGCCACUAUUUCUGCCAUCUGGACAUCAUCUGGGUGAACACGCCAAGUAAGACCACAGUGUAUGGAUUGGGCAGUCCGUUGGCUCGCCGGCGCAGGUCUACAGGCCGCUGCUUCUGUGCCAGUCCUGCAGAUCAGACAUGCAAUGCAUUCUGUCACUACAGCUCUGAAAAUCCUGCCAUCAUGCUGGUUCACUCAUCUGAACCUGUGACUAAAAAACAGGAACAACCCAAAUCAGAUCAACUGACUGCCCUAAAUAACUCCCAAAAUGCCAGUCCAGGAGUUCUGGUUUUAGGGAAGUCUUCCUCCCUUGGGGCUCGGUCAGACGUCAUAACCUUCCUCAGGAACCUGGUUAGGGCUAGAGCCAGAGCCAUGGGAAAGGUAUCCAAGGCCAGUAAACCUGGCUACAGAUGAAGUCCUUACCUGGAGGAGAGAUGGGAGUGCGAGCACUUGAACAAAAAAUUGACCCUUGUGAAACCAGGGGCAGCAGAACAUGCAUACGCUGCGAUCAAGCAGCUUUCCUCAAGGACAGUCCUGUGGAAACAGAGCCUUUGUCGCAUGUUUAAGACAGAAUGGGAGAGAUGAAGGCUUGUGAGACGUGAAGGAG